UGUCAGCCACAGUUAUACGUGUUGCUUUAAGUCCCAGUGGACAGAGUUUACUCUGACAAACACAAUCGUAAACUGUAGAGGACCUGCAGCAGCAAACGCGGACAGACAGCCGUUUUCCAAAGAGGAAUCACCCGACCGGAUACUGUAGAUAAAAUAUUGUCAAAGGUUUCCAGUGUCAAACUCGACUGAAUGUUCAGGAGAGGAGAGGAGCUGAGUUAGGGAGGGACGAAAGCCAAAGCUCCAGUUCUGUGCUGUGAGUGGACGAGAGUGAAAACCUCGGGAAGGAGAGAUAUUUCAGGGGUAUUCUGUCCCCUUCCUACCUGGAUAUCGUUUGACUUUGUGAAGGCGCUACAGAGAGUCACAGAGAUGGACGUGGCUGCCGAUCAGCCCCGUUGGGUGCAUCCCCACGCCGUGCUGAACGGACAACACCCAGACUCUCACCAUCCCGGCCUGGGGCACAACUACAUGGAGCCCACGGCGCAGCUCCUGCCUCCGGAUGAGGUGGAUGUUUUCUUUAAUCACCUGGACUCACAAGGAAACCCAUACUACCCCAACCAUGCCAGGGCCAGAGUGUCCUACAGCCAGGCGCACGCUCGUCUGACGGGGACUCAGGUCUGUCGGCCUCAUCUCCUUCACAGCCCGGGGAUUUCGUGGCUUGACGGAGGGAAACCUGCCCUCUCGGCUCACCACCACAACGCCUGGGCCGUGAGCCCCUUCAGUAAGCCCAGCCUGCACCACCCUGGCUCUGCGUCCCCCGGCGCUCUCUCCGCCGUUUACCCGUGCAGCAGCAGUUCAAACACGGUCUCAGCAUCCUCUUUAACGCCGCCGUCCCACUCCGGCACUCAUCUGUACACUUUCCCCCCUACGCCACCCAAAGACGUGUCGCCGGAUCCAGGGGCUGCAUCUCCGUCGUCCACUACCAGAAUCGACGAGAAGGAAUCUAUCAAAUACCAAGUGUCUCUGCCAGAGGGCAUGAAGAUGGAGGGCUCCAGUCCGCUGAGAAGCAGCCUGGCCUCCAUGAACGCCCAGACCCCCACCACCCACCACCCCAUACCGACGUACGCUCCCUACUCUUUCCCAGCGGCCCACGAGUACGGCAGCAGCCUGUUCCACCCGGGCAGCCUGCUGGGCUCAUCCAGUUUCACUACCAAGAACAAAGGCAAGACACGGUCCUGCACCGAGGGCCGUGAGUGUGUAAACUGUGGAGCUACCUCUACACCUCUGUGGAGACGUGACAGCACCGGACACUACCUGUGCAACGCCUGUGGGCUGUACCACAAGAUGAAUGGCCAGAACAGACCACUGAUCAAGCCUAAACGCAGGCUGUCUGCAGCCAGACGAGCAGGCACCUGUUGUGCUAACUGUCAGACGACCACCACCACACUCUGGAGGCGUAAUGCGAAUGGGGACCCGGUGUGCAACGCCUGCGGCCUCUACUAUAAACUGCACAAUGUGAACCGGCCUCUGACCAUGAAGAAGGAAGGAAUACAGACACGCAACCGCAAAAUGUCCAACAAGUCCAAAAAGAGCAAGCGGCCCAGCGACAGCUACGAGGAGUUUUCAAAAAGCUUGCACGACAAGAGCGCUCACUUCAGCGCCGCCUCUCUCGGUCACAUGACCAUGGGCCACUUGCCACCUUUUAGCCACACUGGACACAUGCUGCCUACGCCCACCCCGAUACACCCGUCAUUCAGCCACCCACACCACUCCAACAUGGUAACGGCGAUGGGGUGAGAGGGUGAGGUGGUGUAGAGUUGCCUACAAGAAUCUGAGAUGGUUACAUGAAGUGGGAUGAGGGUCUAAACUAGAGGACUGUGUGUACAGUGUUACAGGCACCCGGUUUGUGUGUCUUCAUCUCGACUGAUGAUGCCAGUGGUGGGUCGGAGAAAAGAUGUGCGAUGAGGGUCAAGGACCUUUUACUGCUUAUCUAUAGGUACCAAUUUUGAUGGAAAACGAAUCUGCUUCCUCUCAGUCAGGCACAGACAUGUAAACACAAAAAUGUCAUUGCACCUCAAACCUGUGCUCCCGCUGACGGCCUGAGUGCAGUUUAACGUGUGCGGAACAGGUUCGUAGUUACUGUGAAUAUUGUAAAUAUGUGCGACCAAAGGGGGGUGCCCCAGAAAGAGAGAUCCCCUUCGCAACUUUAAAAGAAUAUAUGCUGGAUUUUUUUUCUCAUGGACGAUUUUAUGGGAAUUUUCACAAAAGAAACAAGCAAACAGAAAAAGUUUAUGAAUUCUAAUUUGACACUGUUUAUUAUAAUUAUUGUUAUUAUAAGUAAUAUUGUUAUUCAGAUAAUUUAUUUUCUUUCUUUCUUUUGGACUAUAUUACCUGAAUCAUAAUACAGAUACUGUUAUCCCAGUUAUAAAUAUAUUUUUAGCUGAAGCGCUUUGUCUGAGCAGGUCAACAUUUAUACUCUUAAGAAAUAAAAAAAAUCAUGGUCAUUA